AUGCUUAAUGAGUUGCUUGAAAAUUGUAAAUCUAAGCACCAUAAACAUCCUCCAUCUCCUGCCUUGAAGUCUGUUGAAGAGAAGAUUGUCCAGCUUGGUACCCUGGCUGGUAAGCUUGGCGGAUUUGUUGGUGAGAGUGAGAGUGUUAAGAAAGCCGUUAUAUAUGCCAUUAUCGCUGUAAUUAACAGUAAUGAAGAGCUUAAAAAUGAUUACUCUUCUCAUGUUACUAACCUUUCUGUGUCUGUCAACUCUGCUGGGAAGGCUGGUGACACCGCUGUAAUUAGUGAGCUAAAAAGUCAAGUAACUAGUCAAAUCACUGAGAUUAAUAUGCAACUUAAUAAGCCUAAUAACCUUAAUUAUAACUCUCCUUCUUCCCCCUCUUCCUCUGCUGAGCUAGCCAAAUUGCAGUCCAAGUUGGAGGCUUUGAGGAAAGUGAAGGAGCUUUGUGGAUUUUUGACUAAUCUUAAUAAUCAACAAAAUGAGCCUAAAAAUCUCCUUACUAAUUUAUGUGAUGGCCUCGAGACUUUCCUAGGCUUUGACUCUGACUCCAAAGGCUACACUGGCCAGGGGAUUGUCUACUCCGACUUGGAUAGGCUUUGUGACGGGGUGAUGGGAUUUUUGAGUGGUGUGCUUGAGGAUGUCAGCGAGAAACAGCCUUACAGUGUGGGUAAAACAAUACUAAUAGAGAUUGUUACUGAGCUUAAAAAUAAUUUAUCCACCGGGCGUCAGGGUUUUAGUGUCAUUGAGCGGGUGGCGCAGAGGGUGCGGGAGUAUAAUGAGAGGGUGAAAGAGUCUAAUAAAAAAGUUAAAGAUCCCAUUACUACACUUAAAGAUAAGAUGGAGCAGCUCAAAAUAACGGUAAGUGCAAUUUUGAAUGAUCAUUCUGUUGCAGGUGAUCCCGCAAAGGUGGACGAUGCCAAGUUGACCAUUCUCACCAACGUAAAAAACUGCAUUAAAUAUGCUAAGAUAUUUAACGGAAAACUUAACACUCAUAAUACAAAUAUACGUGACCUAAAUCCUGAACUGUCAUCUAAAAUUACGAACGCAAAAACCAGUAUAAAAUAUCAGCGUGACGUCCUCGAGAAGAGGUCAGAUGAGCAGUGGAAACUGCUGUCUACUAUGGUAGCUCAGAUUAGUGAUACGCUAGAAACACUCAAGCAAAGCGUGAAAGAUAAAAUAAAAUAUGAAGUAAGCGUGCUAGUGGACAGAUUGAAGUUCAAAGUUGAGAAUAUAAAGGAAAAAUUGGAGUAUAUAUUUCAAGCGUUGCAACAUUAUGUAAAGAAGUUGGACAUUUGGUUAAUCAAUGCCAAAGCAGCCGUAUCCGCCGAAUCACACAGGGUAGGAGAAAUAUUGGAGGAAGUCAAGUGGGACGAGAAAGGUCAUAAAGGUGAAAAAAGAAAAGCUGUUGAAGCUGCUGCGAAAAACUUGAGAGGUAGAGCAGAAGCGCUGCACCAGGUAGGAAAUGAGGCUAUAACAAAAGUUGUACGGGAUGCAGAAGAAGCGCUUAAUGAUUUAAAACUGAUGGACGGAAAACUGAAACUGAAUUUGAAUACAGUCAAGAAUCAAAUCGGACAAUUAAUCAGCGAUUAUUUCAAAGGAUAUGCCACAUUAGUAAAGAAAAAAGUGGAAACUAUUAGAGGAAAUGCAGAUGGUGGAUUAACACAGAUUGUACAAGAGACAAAAAAUUAUUCCAGUCAUUAUAAAAAUUUCAAUAACAUCGUGCAUUCGUGGUUGGACGGUAUUCUAGGGCAUAAUGGAGUAGUUCAAGAGAAACUUGGGGAAUUUGUUACAAGAAACAUUAAGGAGGGCAAGCUGAUGGGUACCGAGAUAAGUCGUAUCCUAAAUGGAGGUGACGAGACAUUGUAUUCAGCCAUUAAGAAGGCCAUCAAAAAUGCGCUCGACGGCGAAGUAAUUACGCCAGCCAGUCAAAAGGUCCAAGGUGUGAUCGGAUCCAUCCAACGCGACUCAUCGAAUGAAUUAGAAAAUUACGUCACUGCUGUCAUAGAAGGAUGCAAGCAGUUUGCUGAAUUACUUGAAAGUAAACUAACGUUCGGGCAAAUGGAAGAGUUUGUUCAGAAGCUAUUAGAUGAAAUUGAAGGUGACCUGCAGGUACCGAAAUCCUCUACAACCGGUCACUAUGACCUGGAAUUGUCGAUAUCAGCUACUCUUGUAUCUCUUGCCGCUAGCGCUCGACAAGUGUCAGAACAGCUAGAAACAUUUAUAGGUGAUAAUAACUCGAAACUCGAUAUCACAACAAUGGAGGCUGCGCUUAGAUCGACUACCGACCUUCACACCGGCAUUGAUAGAUCCCUUAAGUUAGCCAACGAUGCUGCUCCAACGUACACUCCGGGAACAAAAACAAAUCUUGACCAGUAUAAUAUCGACAAAGAUAUAGCGGCAAAAUUGGAAGAGCGCUUGCCAGAAGCCGGUGAUGGUAAAGUGGCCAUCGAUCCAAAAUAUUUUUACGACUAUGAUAGUCACGUGAACCAACGAGGAGUUACGGCCGCCCUCUUGAAUGGAGGCACCUUAAAAGGUAAGGCGGAAGAAGGCACCCUGCCAAAGAAAAUCGGAGAUAUCGCCAGAGGGAUAACCGAAGCUUUACAACCAAUUGAUGGACUUAAUGCAGAGGCUGAGACACAGUUACAGUUGGUUCAUCAGCGUCUCGAGCAAUUGUGCGGCUCAAUAAGACAAUCUGGUGAACUGACGAAGCACUAUUUGAACGAUUUUAUGGACAACAACAUUGGCGGCACUAAGGACACUGAAUUAAUUGGUAUAAAAAGUCGAAUCAGCAAGUUGCUAAGCAAACAAAUAACUGAUGGUAUAACGUUCGCUUCCGCAUUUCUUAACUCAGACGCUCCAUUGUUUGAAACAGAAUGUAUUCAAGUUCUCCAAGAUUACGUCUCCUCCCAAAUCUCCUCCGCCACCUCCACCCUCACCACUCUUGCGCGGAAACAAUACGUUACCUCCAUAAAAGCCCUCCUCACCGCGUUCGCGGACAAGGUCACCGAGGAAUUGUCACCGUUGCCGGGGGAGAUUGAUGCGGAUCUGCGGAUCGGGUUCAAGGGGUUGAUGAAGACGUUGGAGGAUGGUAGUACGCACAAGGAUGCAAAGCAACAAGAAAAUAUUAAACUACUAAGCAAUCUCACCGAUAAGUCUGCUUCAUCAGGCUCUAAGCCUAUGACCUUCACCGAGUUGGCCCAGAGCUUCUAUGAAUUUUUGAUACCUCUGGACACUUACAUACAAAAAGAGAUAAAGAAUGUGCACAAUGAAGAAAAUGAAAAGAAAAAUCCAAACCCGUCGAACACUGAAACUCUUUACACUGGCAAGUUUAAUGCUGUUGUUAAAGGAUUUGAAUCUCUCCUCUUCCACCUUAUAGAAAGGAAAAAGUACGAUUGUAAUGUGCCUAAUAAACUACAAAACCUCAUAGAUACACUCACCGACCUUAAGCCAGAAAACUUCGCCACACCGAAUAGCCCGGUCUUGGAUGGUGUCAUAGAGGGGCUCACGAAAUUCGCGGAUGAGCUGGACAAGGCGUACAUAUCGGUGUAUGACAGUCAAAUAUGCGGUGAACUUAUAAAGGACUAUAAACAAGUAUCCAAUCUAACAGGAGUAGUGGAGACGUAUGACCUAACUGACGAAGGCAGGAACUGCGCAAAAGUGUUCCUAAGUAUACUCGAGACGCUAUUCCACGAUCUCCACGUAUUAAGGAUAAAUUGCAUUCCAAAAAGUAGUCAGUGGCAUAGUAAGGACGUUUGUUUGUAUGACGUGGAGGAAGAUGGAAGCCGCGUUGAAAAUCGUCUAGGCGGCUGGUUGAGAGGCCGCGGUUUCCGGGUGUCCCAAACUAAAGCCAGUCAUGAUGGUGAAUUAAGAAUUCAACCUCAUUCAACGAAAAAUGGAAUACACGGAUUCAUGGUUAACGGCAGCAACGAUAAAUAUCUCUUCAAGAAUAAUGAUCACAAAGAACAAAGUCGCGCAGUUCAGAAGCUUAUCCACCACCUUCACGAUUACUGGAAAGUCUGCCACCUCUACAUUCCUCAUAACCCCAAAACGCCGUCUAACAUCAAUCAGAUGCUUCAGUGGCUUGCCGGUCUGCGCUUCAGGCCGGACCUCAAUCCACUUUAUAUGUGCUUCAAGGAAUCGUUUCCUAAGCCUGAAGGAAUGGAACACUUGUCAUAUAAGGAAAUUAAGCGAGAAGAUGUCAAGCUCUCCGCCACCACUACGAUCACGUAUCAGGAAAUGGCAGCCAUAACAUUGCGAGAUGUUUGUCUGCAAUCGUAUGACAUAUUGCUCGCAAUCCAAGGCCAUGGUCACGCGAGUGGGCGGUACGCAGUUGACUUCCGCACAAACGUCGAUAAUUUAGAUUAUCCCAGCAACGCUGCAUCAUGCUUUGACAUGCUCGUCGAUGUAUCAUACAGAGUGUAUGACCAACUGUAUUUCGUAUUCAUUCAGUGUCAGCGCACAUCGGAGGCUAACAGUUGGCGUGAGUGUUGGUACGGUCGUCAUAUUGGUGGGUCAUCAUGGGAGUGCAAUUCCAUGCAAUGUCCUAACCAACGAUGUCCUCAAAAGGUUGACCAAAUUGCCAACCAAAACGCUAACCAAAAUGCUAAUCAAAUCGCUAGGCAAACGUGUGACCAGCACCCUAAGUGCGGUAUCAAGUCACCCUUGCAGUCGUUUUUGGAAGACGGCUUACAAGGCUUCCUGCCACAUUCACUUACAAAAAUUGGCUGCGGAGAAGAGUGUUCACUGGGCAAGCACAGAGGGUUACCAUGUAAAACGCCAAUGGGAUAUGCUGCCCUUGGUGUUGAAGCAUCUCAUACGAAAAAGGGUGAGAACCUUGCUGAUAUUUUAGAAGGUUUCUGUGGCAAACGAAAUUCAUCGCUUACUCUAUUAUGCGCGCAAUUCACCUGUUUGUUACAGAAAGCACCUCAGUCGUUGGACGACAUGUUCUCGUUCUUCUACAACUUCCUUAAGGACCGUACUACCAACAGCGAGCAUAGGCUGGCGGCAUUCGAGAAUGCAGUUCGAAAAGCCAAUUUCGGCGAUGCUACUAAACGCUUGGACAUUACGUGUAUGUUCAGUGACAAAUCUCAUGGCACUAAUGGUACGUCUACUCAUAUUAAGGGUGACCUGUAUUGUCUCUACAGUUGCGACUACGAUUCCGAACCAGAGAUUACUUGCGGUAGAUACCUACAGUCUUGCGGCAUAAACAUAUGGUCUACGUUCUCAAGCAAAAACAGCGGCAGGUAUCUGUCGUGGAUUGUUUACUUAACUGAAACGUUCUAUGAUUUGCUGAAGCACUUUACGAGGAGUGCUGCAAUAAUUGCAACAAGCCGGGCACCAGAUGCUACGGCAAGAUUUGCGCCGAAAAAUGCCAAGUGCAAAUGUAUUACAAAUCGCAAGCAUCCGAUUCUAAGGUUAAAACGCCCGCUACCAUCACGCAUCCUAAUCACGAUAAGCAAUGCAAAUCUAUCGCGACGUGUCCAUUCACUCGUCCAACACUGUCGAAGUAUGGCUUCGUUCUUCAAAGCUCACACAACCUCAGUGGUUCACACAAUGUGGCAUCCAAAAGGACGUGCCAAGAUUUGUGCGAAACCUUGA